AGUCGUGAUCUCAAGAAGACGUGUCUGAUGUCAACGGAAUUUUUUAAUUUUUUUUUAAAGUUGUAGUUGUGUAAAGUUCACAACACAAUCAAGCAAUGAAAAAAAGCAACACUCACUCAAAAAAUAAUCAGAGAAUCUAGAAAAAAGAAAUAAAACCAAUCAAGUGUUGUUUUUUACAAUUCACUGCAAAAAAGAGAGCGCAAAACAAUUUUGAAAAAGAAUUUGUUAAAAAUUAAUCACAAACCAAUCAAGGCAAUUAAAAACAAAUUUUCCAAUUAAUGGAAAUAAUUGCUGGCCGCAAAAAAAACGAAAAAUUGAUAACACCAAGUGUAAUUAAAAAUAAUAUAAAAAAAAAUAAAACAAAAUGAGAAUAAUAUAAAACCUCAAGAAAAAAAGACAACAAACAGUGCAAUGUUUUUUCAAUAAGAAAUUUUAAUAAGAAAAAAUAUUUUCCAAAAUAUUAAAAAAAAUCCCUUGAGUUUCUACUUUACGGACUACCAUAUCCCCAAAAAAAAUUCCCCUCUCCCUCGGCUCGAGAAAUUUAUGUUGAAAUUGUCAUCAGGUAUGACUGUCACUGGUUUACGUGCGAAUAUGACUAGCCCGACGGUACCGCCGCAAACCGCUAUGAAUUCCACCAGCUCCAGCACUACCACAGUUGUGGUCUCGCCUCCCACCACAGCCAUAACGGCUACACCCACAUCGCCAUCGGCCCUGAUAAUGGCCCAUCAACAGCAUUUAAGAAAUCUCCAGCAUUCCCAUCAGCACACCCUGAAUAAGACCACAUCGCGUCUGAGCAAUUUCAGUGUGGCCUCUUUGCUGGCAGACACCAGGCCCCGCACCCCCACCAACAGCCAAUAUGGAGGGGGACCUGGUUCCGCGACUAGUGAUAAUAUGCCCACAAAUCUAUCUAGCACUCCCUCGGCGGCCACCUCACCUGUGUCACAUGAAUCAUCCUCAUCACCCGCCUCGCCCAAUCAUCCGCCUCAUCCACAAUUCCAUCCGGUCAUAGGGGCCCAUCAUGCCCAUUUCUUGCAAGCGGUGCAUGCCCAGCAACAGCAUGCAGCGGCCAUGGCUGCCGCUGCAGCGGCGGUAGGAGCUUCGAGCAAUCCAAAUGUAAAUCCCCACUUAAGUCAUCACCUGCCUGCCCAUCUGAGACACCCCAGUGCCUGUCCACCCACAGCGGCCGCGGUAACGGCGGCAGCAGCAGCGGCGGGUUCCCUGCUCUUACCCAGUGGCCUGGUAACAAAUUCCAGCGAUAACUCCAACAAUCCUCAGACCACCACACCUCCCCAGUCAUCGGCGGCCAGUUCGAAUGCGAAUGCCGAAACCCCUCUGAAUUCCACAACCUCCACCUCAAAUUCAUCGACAUUAACGGUACCCUCCUCCAUGCUAACAGCGACGGCCAAAUGUGAGCGCCAUUCGCCCAUAGGCAGUUCAAUUGACUCGGAAUUGGAAUAUGAUGAGGAUUUGAAUGACCAAGAUUUGGAUCAUGAUGAAGAAGAAGAUUCCAUAGUUGACAUAGAAGAUAUGAAUGCAGAUGAUUCGCCACGUUCAACGCCAGAUGGCUUGGAUUCAAGUAAAUCCCCUGAUGAGGGUCACAACUCAUUGGCAAAUUCCCCGCAUUUGUUAUCGCCAGCUGUAUUGGCUGCUUCAGGGCAUGGACCCAUAAGACCAACACCUUUUAGUGCUUUGGCGGCGGCAGCUGUAGCCUGGGGUGGCAUAGGUGGGGCGGGAGUACCCUGGCCAGGAGCUAGGCAAAUGCCACCAUUUGGACCACCGGGUCUGUUUCCAGGGCAAGGUUUUGGAGGAGGAGAUGCCAAUGAACCACCACGCAUUAAAUGCAAUCUACGCAAACAUAAACCCAAUCGUAAACCCCGCACACCAUUCACCACUCAACAGCUUUUGUCAUUGGAAAAGAAAUUCCGUGAAAAACAAUAUUUAAGCAUAGCCGAAAGAGCAGAAUUUUCCUCUUCCCUAAGGCUGACAGAGACACAGGUGAAAAUUUGGUUCCAAAAUCGUAGAGCCAAGGCGAAACGUUUGCAGGAGGCCGAAAUUGAGAAAAUCAAAAUGGCUGCCUUGGGGCGUGGAGGUCCAGGAGCACAAUGGGCCAUGGCAGGAUACUUUCAUCCCAGUCUAAUGCAUUUGGGUUAGAUUUUUUAAAUGAAGAAAAUUUAGACCCAUUCAAAAGAAACACCAAAGUUCCCUCAUAACAAUUCAUUUGUAUAACCCCCUACCAGCUGAAAACAAAUUUCCUCAACUAAAGGCAAAAGGCCGUACAGAGGUUUUUAAAUCAUUCUCAAAAACUUUAAUUUAAUAGAAAUACUAUGCGCUUAGUUAUUAAUUAAAUUUAAAUAUAAACUUAAUAAAACAAAA